AUGAAAAAAAGGAAAAAAGAUAACGCCAUCUUCAGCAUUUGUUCAUUCUUUUCAAAUUCAAACAUAUUUUUUCCUUGUCUUCUUUCUCCUUAUUUUUCUGUCUCACGGAACCUUCCUCGUCCUCCACCUCCUCCUACUCCUCCUCCACUUCUUCCUCCUACUCCUCCUCCUCUUCUCCUUCCUCCUACUACUCCUUCUUCUUCUUCUUCUUCUUCUUCUUCUUCUUCUUCUUCUUCUUCUACAGGUAUUUCUCUUUUCUUCCACCCUUUCUUUUUCUUCUUUUUUUCCUUCUUCUACAUUUAUUUUUCUCUUUAUUUCAGAUUUCUCAUUCUUCUUCCACCAUUUCUCUUUGUUCCUCUUCUUCAUCACUUUCUUCCUCUUCUUUUUAUUCCACUUUUACUUCUUUUUCUAUCUCUUCCAAUUUUUCUUAUUUCUGUCUCACAUCUCUCCACCCUUUUCUUUCACUUUUUCUUCUUCCACCUUUUCUUCUUCUUUUUGAUUCACAUUUAUUGUCCCACUUCUUCUUCUUCUUCUUCUUCUUCUUCUUCUUCUUCUUCUUGCCCUCAUUCUCCUGCUUCUUUUUAUCAUACUCCCUCUUUCUCCUGCUUCUUCUUUUUCUUCUUCCCACCCUACGGAUUCUUCUUCUUCUUCUUCUUCUUCUUCUUCUUCUUCUUCUUCUUCUUCUUCUUCUUCUUCUUCUUCUUGCCCUCAUUCUCCUGCUUCUUUUUAUCAUACUCCCUCUUUCUCCUGCUUCUUCUUUUUUUUCUUCCCAAUCUCUACGUUCUUCUUCUUCUUCUUCUUCUUCUUCUUCUUCUUCUUGCCCUCAUUCUCCUGCUUCUUUUUAUCAUACUCCCUCUUUCUCCUGCUUCUUCUUUUUCUUCUUCCCACCCUACGGAUUCUUCUUCUUCUUCUUCUUCUUCUUCUUCUUCUUCUUGCCCUCAUUCUCCUGCUUCUUUUUAUCAUACUCCCUCUUUCUCCUGCUUCUUCUUUUUCUUCUUCCCACCCUACGGAUUCUUCUUCUUCUUCUUCUUCUUCUUCUUCUUCCACAUUUUCUCUUCGUUUUCUCUGUUUAUAUCUAUCUAUCUAUCUAUUUAUCUAUCUAUCUAUCUAAUUUCAUGGGAAAGCGUGUUGCAAAUCAUCAAUCUCAGUUAUUACUCAUCUUAUGAAUACAUUUAA